ACAGAAUACAAAACAUCAUUGAAUCUGUAUAUUUGAUUACAUUUAUUCAAGUAGAAUAAAUUAGAUCUCUCUUUCUUUCUUUCUUUUUCUUCAUGAACUUAUUGAAUGUGAAUAAUAUUCAUUGAGAAUUACUUACAUUAUCCAUUGUAAUUCAUUAUUACAUUAAAUUAAAAUCAAUAUUAUUAUGAAACAUAUUAAACAUUUAUUACAAUUUCUAUGGUUUAUUAUUAUUAUAACAUUCUAUAUAACAAUAAUACAUGUGAAAUGUCUUAUUCCAAAAUUAUGUGUUCAUAAUAUCACAGCAAUUGGUGGAAGUGGUAUUUGUUGUCCAAUACCUAAAAAUUCUAAAUAUCCAUGUGGUGGUCCAGGUCAAGGUACAUGUCAAAAAGAAUAUACACAAAUUGAACGUAUACCAUUUUAUUUAAUUAUGGAUGAUAGAAUGAAUUGGCCAUCAAGAUUUUUUAAUCAUUUUUGUAAAUGUGAAGGUCAUUAUUUUGGUAUAGCAUGUAAUGAAUGUUGGUAUGGUUGGGAAGGUAAAUUUUGUAAUAAACGUAAAAAAUAUAUUCGACGUAAUAUAUUAUCAUUUUCUCCAAAGAAAAGAAAAAUGUUUGUUCAUGUUGUAACAAAAAUGCUUACUACUCCAACUGAUUAUUUAAUAUUAUUUGAAAAAGAUGCUAUACAUUCUGAUCCAUUAUGGAAACCUAAAUUUUUAGAUGUAGAUGUACAGUAUUUAUUAUCUUUUCUACAUCGUUACGCGAGCAGAGCUACAUUAUUUCAUGAUGCUAAAGAUUGUAUACUACGUCAACAUUUGGAUAAUAAUCAUGAAGUAGUUGGAUUUUUAACUUGGCAUAGAUACUAUAUGUUAUUCUGGGAAAAACUUCUACGUAAAAUUGCAAUUCAACUAUAUGGUUGGUCAGAUUUCACAUUACCUUAUUGGGAUUGGGUCGAUUCUAAAAGUUGUGAUGUUUGUGUUAAUAGUUUACUAGGUGGUUAUGGACAGUGGGUUGGAGAUACUCGUUUAAUAGACCGUAGAAGUCCAUUUUACAUGUGGCCUGAAUACUGUUCUCCUCCAACUACGGGAAGUAACUGUUAUAGUUGUCAUGCUGGUUGGCCAAACUUUCAAGUAUUGACAAGAUAUUUCGAAAGUUCAGCAUUUCCAACAACUGAUAACCUUUUGUUCACUCUUUCAAAGGAUACGUUUUAUUUGCCUCAAAAGAUGGAGGAUAUUGGUAAAUGUCGUGGUUUUCAUCAAGUUCUCGAAGGAUUUUGUUCUUUUACCGGUGACAAUUCAACUUACUCAUUUAUGCAUAAUAAAGUACAUAAUAUAGUGCGUGGUACAUUUUGUUGUGCAGCAACUUCACCUAAUGAUCCUAUAUUCUUAGUACAUCAUACACAAAUAGAUAGAAUUUUCCAAGUAGGUUAUAAGCAUUAAAUUAUCAUAUAUAUUCUGAACAUUUUAUUCUUUAACUAAUUAUUAUUAGCUUUUCUUUUAUCUAUGUACAAUCUACUAGUAAACCGUGAAUGACUUCAAAUGAUAUAUUACAAGUUACAGUAAACUUUAUUCUUCAAAACAACCAGUGAAGAUAUUCAUACUCAAAUAAAUUAUUAAGUUAUUCGGAUGAAAUUGAUCAGCUUGAAAUGAUAUUUUAAGAAUAUUUUAAUCUUUAAAGAAUUUUAGUUAAACAUGAACUAAAUUUUGAAUCAUAUCUUGUAUAGUUUUUCAAAGUAUUUAUUCUGAACAUUUGUACAAGUUGAACACAAGGUGAACUCUGUUGACAACCACUGGAGUAAAUUGGUCCAGUUAACUGGUACAUAAUUUCAAUCAUAAAUGAAAGCUAAUCAUGAUUUCCCAAUUAUCUUGUAAAAACGAUGAGCAGAUAUUUUCUACAAAACGAAAAAACCGAUGAUGCCCAUGAAGUGUAACUUUACUUCAUCACAUAGAUGAUAAAAACAGAUAUUGGAUUUAUGUAUAUUGAGUCAAAUUGAAAAUAACACAAUAAUACAAAGACAAUAUUAGAUCACAGUAGUCCUAUAUCGUGAACUGAUUGAAGAUAGACAUGUAAACUACUUGAUUCUGACUCAGUGCUCCAAAUGUUUUCAUACUGACAGCGAUAUCAAGGAGUUCGUGAGUCCUCAUUACUGAGGGUUAGGUAACUAAGAUGUGAUACAAUUGUUCUAUGAUCUUUGAUUUUUAAUGAUUCUCCAUGCAUUGUCAGUCACCGUUAAAAAUAAUCCGUAUAUUUCAUACUCAUCAAUUUACUUUUAAAUGAUUAAGCUUCUUUAGUAGUCUAAACUCGAAACACUUUAUUAUAUGCAAAAUGAUUUCAUAUCCAGAUAUAUGAAAUUAUGUAAGACAAAUUCCAUUUCCAAUAAGUCACUGGACUUUGUAAUACAAUGCCUUAUAAUUUAGUUUGCUGUUUUCCUGUACUUAUUGUUAUUAUUGUUAUUUUGUAUAAUAGUUAUGGUUUAUGUAUAAUCGUCCACGUCCAACGGAGUAUCCAAAUCAUGGAGUUGCACUUGGAAAUUGUCGUGAAUGUAAUAUGGUUGGUUUCAUUCCUACAAUUAAACACGUAUUAAUGUUUGUAAAUACAGAACUGAUAGGUUAUACCUAUGAUAAUUUUAAUUUCGGUAGACGUGGCUUUAGUGGAGAAAAAUACUUGAAAUGUGGUCCUAAAUAUCGUGUCUAAUUUGUUAUUUACUUCAGAUCAUAAAAAUUUAAAGCAUAAAAACUGAAAUUGAAUACUUUUAAUCAACUUUAAAUGAACAAAUACUAUUCC